AUGAAGGCUAUAGUAAUCACAAGCCCAGGUGGGCCGGAGGUGUUGCAGUUGAAGGAAGUGGAAGACCCAGAAAUCAAAGAUGACGAAGUUUUGAUCAAAGUUUCAGCCGCUGCUGUGAGCAGGGCAGAUACACUUCAACGCCAGGGGAAACACCCUCCUGCUAAGGGCGACAGUGAGUAUCCGGGUCUGGAAUGCUCCGGAACUGUUGAAGCUGUGGGGAAAGAUGUCACAAGGUGGAAACUUGGUGAUCAGGUCUGUGCUCUUAUUGGUGGAGGGGGUUAUGCUGAAAAAGUAGCUGUGCCUGAAGGACAAGUACUACCAGUUCCACCAGGCGUGUCUUUGCAAGAUGCAGCUAGUUUUCCUGAGGUUACUUGUACUGUUUGGUCAACUAUCUUCAUGAUGAGCCACUUAUCAUCUGGGGAAACUCUCCUGGUGCAUGGAGGUUCAAGUGGAAUCGGUACAUUUGCCAUUCAAAUUGCUAAACAUUAUGGGGCUAGAGUAUUUGUCACAGCAGGCAGUCUGGAAAAACUGGUUGCUUGUAGGGAUCUUGGGGCAGAUGUUGGUAUCAAUUACAAAACUGAGGAUUUUGUGGCACGUGUCAAGGAAGAAACGGGGGGCAAAGGUGUGGAUGUUAUAUUGGACAAUGUUGGAGGGCCAUAUUUCCAGCGAAAUCUAGACAGCUUGAGUAUUGGUGGGAGGCUGUUCAUUAUCGGAUUUAUGGGUGGGACCUUAACCGAAGUAAACCUUUCGGGUAUACUUGCUAGACGGCUUACAGUGCAGGCUGCUGGAUUGCGAAGUAGAACGAAGCAGAACAAAUCUGAAAUUGUCAGUGAAGUGGAGAAGAAUGUCUGGCCUGCAAUUGCUGCGGGGAAGGUGAAACCUGUAGUUUAUAAGUACCUUCCACUUGAUCAAGCAGCUGAAGCUCACCGGCUGAUGGAAAGCAGCCAGCAUAUUGAUCCUACUCAGUGCUUCCUAGCAGAAAAUCAUACCUUAUUCAUGGCUGCCAAAUUCUUGUAUUCGUUGGGAUUUGUCAUCCUUUUUCUUCUGUCUUUGUCCUUCUCUUCUUACUCUUGUUUUGAUCACCAAAAACAAUCUCUUCUUCAUUUUAGAUCCCUCUUGCGCAGUGCUACUAACUCCAGCUUGUUAGAAGACUGGAAUUCCACUUCUCAGUGUUGCCAUUGGGAAAGAAUUAUUUGCUCCUCCACAAGCCCAUUUACGGUUACUGAACUGCAUCUUAAUUCUUUACACACCAAAGGGAAUUCCACUGUUUCUUCCUACGUCCUGACUCCCCUUUUUCAUAUAACAUCUCUAACGUUGCUUGAUAUAUCUUUUAAUUUUUUUCAAGGUGGAAUUCCAGCUCAAGGCUGGGAUAAUCUUACCUCAUUACUCUAUCUUGAUAUGAGUCAGAACUUUUUCAAUGGCAGCAUUCCCAAACAGCUUUAUCACUUGAGAUACCUCACCUAUCUUAGCUUAUCAGCUAACAACAGGCUUUCGGGUUCUUUGAGUCCUGAAGUUGGAUACUUGCGAAGCCUCAUAACAUUAGAUUUGGAUUUCAAUAAUCUUGUUGGAACCAUCCCUAAGGAGAUUGGAAACCUCACCAAGUUGAGAAGUCUAUACCUAGAUAGCAAUGGCUUGUCUGGUCCAAUUCCAUCAUCAUUUUUUAACUUGACACAACUUCAAAACUUAGAUUUGCAUUAUAAUCAGUUGGAGCUACAAAUUCCAUCUUUUAUCGGGCGCUUACGCAGCCUAUCAAUUUUGGAUUUGAGCUCCAACAAGUUCAUUGGUGGAAUUCCAGUUUCAGUUUUGAACUUGACCCAACUUCAAGACCUGGAUUUGAGCGACAACCAAUUGUCACUGCAAAUUCCAGAAGACAUCGGGCACUUGACUAAUUUGUCCACUUUGGACUUGAGCAAGAACAAGUUCACUGGGAGAAUUCCCCCAUCCAUAUGGAAUUUGAGCAAGCUGGUGAAUCUUGUUCUUGAAGACAACUCGCUUUCUGGAGAGAUUCCAUCCUGGUUAUUCGAUAUUAAGACACUAAAUGUUUUAUAUCUUGGAGGGAAUAGAUUGACCUGGAAACAUAAUAACUCCAGAAUAGCUCCAAAGUUUACCCUUCUUGAGCUCUCUUUAAGAUCAUGUGGUUUAACAGGGAAAGUACCGCAGUGGAUUUCAUCCCAGAAAUAUCUUAGCUACUUGGAUUUGAGUAAGAACGAGCUCCAGGAGACAUUUCCGUUUUGGCUGGCAGAGAUGCAACUUUUGUAUAUGAUUCUAUCGGAUAACCACCUCGCUGGUGCUCUACCUCAGCAACUCUUCAAAGACACCUUGACAUUUCUUGAUCUGUCAAGAAAUAAUUUUUCAGGUGAGUUACCCGAAAACAUAGGAGAUGCUAAUCAAAUCAUAGUUCUUAUGUUAUCUGAAAAUAACUUUUUUGGGACCCUUCCCAGUUCUAUGUCUUAUAUGCAAUCUCUGGAACUGUUGGAUAUAUCAAAGAACAAGUUUUCUGGUGACACAUUUCCUGUAUUUGGUGAUGGGCUUGAGCUUGUUAAUUUCUCAUCUAAUGAGUUCUCCGGUGAAAUUCCAGCGACAUUCUCUAAGAGAACUAGAGUUCUUUUUCUGGGUAACAACAGAUUCGAGGGAGCCCUGCCUCGGAAAUUUAUCAACUUGAUCAACCUUGAACAACUUGAUCUUCGGAACAUUAAAAUUGAAGGAGAGUUUCCUAAGUUUCUUUCCAAAAUCUCAACGCUUCAGAUUCUGAGUCUAAGAAACACAUCCCUUCAAGGUCCUCUACCUAGUAACAUAGCCAAACUCAGUAAUCUUCGAAUUCUAGAUAUUUCCAACAAUAACCUCACAGGAAGCAUUCCACAGGAGCUUGGGAAUAUCACUGGAAUGAUUGAUGUACCUACUAAUGUUUCCAUUCUACAGUCAUACUCAACGGCGCCAUUUGUAGUUGAUGAAACCCCGAUUCACGUUUCUGAGUUAAUCGUAGAUUGGAAGAGAUCAAUGCUGGCAUUGCCAUCAGCUCCAGGCCGUGAUGAUGUAUAUUGCUUGCUGGACCUGUCGAAGAACAAGCUUUCUGGUGAAAUACCAACAGUAAUUGAUAACCUCAAAGGCCUGAAAAUCAUGAACAUGUCCUACAACGCUUUGUCGGGAAAAAUACCAUCUAGCUUUGGAGGCCUGUGA